CGAAACCGAUUUACUACACACGCGGUAGAUCGGACGGACCGAACGGACGGACGGCCUGGGACGGGCACCAAUCGAGGUUUCCAGGUCCAUAUACACCGAUAUGCCUUUGCGAGGGCCCCUUCGUCGGCCUGCGCUUGCGCUUCCUCCUUUCACAUGCAACAAUGUCACCACAAAAAUACCCCUCAGGAUAUCACCAUUACCGCGCUCGGUAGCGGUACGGCAGCGUAGAGGACAUGCGACACAUCUUCCGGUACCAGACACGCGGCCAAAGACGGCCAUCUUCUUUCCAGGCCAAGGCGUCCAAAGAGUCGGCAUGCUCACCCCCUGGCUAGAAGCCUUUCCCGCGACAACUUCGGAAAUCAUCGACGAAAUUGACUCGAUAGUGGGCCAUAAGCUCUCGGACGUGAUACAGAAUGGGCCCGGCAAGGACCUCAACCUGUCGCCCAACGCACAACCAGCCAUCAUGGCUACCUCGAUAAUGAUCAUCCGUAUUCUCGAAAAGCAUUUCAACUUUAAAGUCGAAGACAAUGCCCAUUUUACUCUCGGUCACUCUCUUGGCGAAUUCGCUGCGCUUGUCGCAGGCGGCUACAUCCAUUUCGAAGAUAGUCUGCGUAUGGUGCAAAAGCGAGCGGAAGCCAUGUCCAAUGCGACGCGGCAGGCCGAGGAGAUGUAUGGCGGAGAGUACGGCAUGGUGGCACUCGUCAGCAGCAAGGCCGAGCACCUGCCACCCUUGAUCGCCGCAAUCCACGAGUUCGUCGGCUACGACAGCGCCGGCUCGAAAGUGGAGAGCGCCGACGAAUGGUGCCCAAUCGACCAAGUGCUCAUUGCGAACGUCAACAGCAAGACGCAAAUCGUGCUCAGCGGAAGCAUUGAGCGCAUCAAGACACUGGUGGAACACGUGCGGCAGUUCCUGGGACACGACCCACGCGCGGUCAGGCUCAAGAGCGACAGUCCGUUUCACAGUCCCAUCAUGAAGCCGGCCGUCGGGGUGCUGCAGCAGAUGAUGGCGGGAAACAGCAUGGUCAAGGGGAGGGAAAAUGAGGACAUUAUCACGUUUCCCGGCAAGGUUACGUGCAUUAGCAACGUGACGGCCAGGCCGUUUGAAAGUAGGGAGCAGCUCAAGGACCUUUUGGCUCGGCAGGCGGUCGAGACGGUACAGUGGUGGGACAGCAUCAAGUAUCUGGAUCAGUCCAUGAAGGUCAGGAGAUGGGUCGGUAUCGGGCCAGGGUAUGUGGGCCGGAACCUGGUGGGCAAGGAGGUGGGCAUGCGCGGGAAGGAUGUUAUCAAGGGCGCCGGUGUCUGGGCUAUCACCGAUCCGAAGGAGAUUGAGGAGGUGCUUAGGGGUUUGGAAGAGACGGACUUUUAUGAGGAUGACGAGUGGCAGGAUGCAUGGGAUAGGUGGGACUGAGGAGGUAAUCAGUAUUGGGCAUCUUUGGAAAAAGGGCUGUUAUUUUGGAAAGAAUCUGGGAAAUUCAUCGU